UUCAUUUCUUUUUGUUCCUUUCAUGAAAGGCAGAAGGCAAGUGGGAAGACUCUGACUGGCAUUCAAGAGAGAACCAAAUUCAGCUUGUGAAGGAGGAGCAGAGAAGCCAAUGGCGUGGAGAAGCAGUUCAUUUUCGAGUGUUUUCAGAAGGUUCAAGCCACAUUUCUUGAUGGUUCUUGCCCAAAUAGGCUACACUUUCCUGUAUUUCAUCACAGAAGCUUCCUUCAAUCAUGGGAUGAACCCCCAUGUCUACAUAACUUACCGUCAUAUUGUUGGUGGUAUAGUCAUGUUGCCUUUUGCCUAUUUCCUUGAAAGAAAAACAAGACCAAAGCUUACAGUAGCACUUUUCUUGGAGUUAUUUGUUCUCUCCAUCCUGGGGGUGAGCUUGACUCUGAACAUGUAUUUUGCAAGCAUGAGAUAUACCUCUCCAACAUUUAUUGCGUCAGUGGUGAACACGGUAGCUUCUUUGACAUUCAUAAUUGCAGUUAUACUCAGACUGGAGGUCUUUGAUAUUUGGAAUUCUCGAGGGAUAGCAAAAGCUGUUGGGACUUUGGUGUGUCUGGCUGGGGUAACCGUCAUGACAUUGUACAAGGGCCCCAUCAUGAAAAGUGUAGGGCAUCCCCUGAUACAGAUUGCAGGAAAAACCACAAUCCAUGAGCAUUGGUUGAAGGGUUCAGUUCUCACUGUUGCAAGCUGCAUAACUUGGUCUAUAUGGUACAUCAUGCAGGCAUUUACAUUGAAGAGGUACCCGGCACGCCUGUCACUAACAACAUGGAUGUCCUUUCUUGGGGCAGCACAAUCAGCCGUCUUUACAGUGAUCAUAGAACAUAAAGCAUCAGCUUGGAUGAUUGGGUUCAACGUUGAACUCUGGUCUACAAUAUAUGCUGGAGUUGUGGUCUCUGGUUUGAUAAUUUUCAUACAGCUGUGGGUCACAGAAGAAAAAGGACCAGUGUUUGUAACCAUGUUCAAUCCCCUUACAACACUACUGGUUGCAGUUGUAGCAUAUUUUGUUCUCGGCGAAAAGCUUUACACCGGCAGCAUUGUAGGGGGAGUGAUUGUCAUUAUUGGUCUGUAUAUGCUGCUGUGGGGCAAAGAUCAUGAUCAGGAAUCUGGUGUUGUAAGAGAACAGCAAAUUUAUUCACCUUAUGACCAGAAACUGGAGACUGAAACUAAGAAAAUCUCUUCAGCUGAAAGGGAAGCAUCUCUGAUGCGAGGAGAGCCUUGAAGAUUAUUACUCCUUGAAUAAACAGAGAUAAAAACAGGAUCCUGAUAGUGUAACAUCCUAAGAUUAAACAGGGAAAAAUGGAUGCAGGAAAGGAGAUGGAACAGACUAAAUCUUCCUUCAGGCCUUCAAGAAACUGAGUUUCUAUCGAUUGUAAACGUUCAGCUCCAUGAAACUGACAGAGCUGUGUCAAGUUUCAGACUUGGAAAUAAAAAUAGGAUCCAGCG